CCCCACGGAGAGACCGUCCUGUCAGGGCGUCGUUUCUCCUUUUCUUUUUCCGGGUUUUUUUUUUUUUUUCGUUUUUCAAACCGCAUUAACUCUAUGUUGGACACCUUGCAAAGAAAACCUUUGAUGGGAAUCAUUUGAAAUGCUCAACCGGGCGUUUGUUGUUUUCUCUUCUUUUUGAUGCAUCAUAAGUUGUCAGAUCUUUCUGGGUCGGGACAAAACCUGCAAAAGACCUUGCGGUUCCUCCGAGCUUGACUUUUUGGCAUUUUGGGUAGGAGUAAUUCGAUUUCGUUGCCGUUUCUUGGAGUCGCGCGCAUGAUUUUGGGAAAUGCUGUCGCUCCGCCUAUUGUUCGGGACGGGUUUUUUCCUGCUCUGAUUUCGUAAUUGUUGAAAGAUUGCGAGGAGCGCGUUCCGUGUCGUUUCUCCCGUUUCUUUCUUGUAAAGGUGGUCGUUGGGGGCGGAGGGACGGAAAGGGAAGAAAAGAGGGGUGGAAAGGGCGUCGUCCAUGCGAGGAUCGCCGUUGCUUUUUCGUAGAAUUGUGAAGUUAUCUGAUCUGGGUCUCGACGGCUUUGGCCAUUUUUUUGUUGAAGGCUCUGCGAUUUGUUUGAGGUUAUUGAGCUCAGAGUUAGUUGCCAAACAUAUAUUGGCUGUUUGCUAAGGUAAAAGCUUUCCAGAUUAUGAACAGAUAACAUUUAGCCUUAUGGGUUGGUUCAGCAAAAUCUUUAAAGGCUCGAGUUACAAAAUUUCGGAAGGGCAUUACGAUGAAAAUUACGGGAAGGAUCCUUCUUGCGAUGCUUCUUCCACUUCAGGGGAUAUCUUGUCAGACUAUGAGGAUGAAGAUUUUGGUCAGGCCAUGGCGCUAUCCCUAUUAGAACAAAAUCACAACAGAGCAAAUGUUAUUGAUUAUGAAUCUCAGUUGAAAGAAGAUGAACAACUUGCCAGAGCUGUACAAGAAAGCUUGAACUUUGAAAGUUCACCUCAGCAUGAAGACGAAAGCGCUCCUUACCCUCAUGAAAAUGGACGUUCUCCUCCCUCAUACGGAAAUGGGUAUUCUCCUCCACAAUAUGGCAAUGGACCUGCAUAUCACCCUAUGCCAACAUACUACCCGAUGGGCUACAGGAUCUGUGCUGGAUGCAGUACAGAGAUUGGUCAUGGACGGUUUUUGAGUUGCAUGAAUGCUGUUUGGCAUCCUGAAUGUUUCUGCUGCCGUGCUUGCACCCUGCCAAUUUCUGAUUAUGAGUUUUCUUUAUCAGGCAAUUAUCCUUACCAUAAAUCUUGCUACAAGGAACACUACCACCCAAAGUGUGAUGUCUGCAGUCACUUUAUCCCUACAAACCUUGCCGGUCUUAUUGAGUACAGGGCGCAUCCCUUUUGGAGUCAGAAAUACUGCCCUUCUCAUGAACAUGAUGGGACUCCGCGAUGCUGCAGUUGUGAGCGAAUGGAGCCACGAGAGACCAGAUAUGUUGCUCUUAAAGAUGGCCGAAAGCUCUGUCCCGAGUGUUUCGACUCAGCAGUGAUGGACACAAAUAAAUGUCAACCAUUGUAUCUUGGCAUCCAAGAAUUUUAUGUAGCUCUAAACAUGAAAGUGGAGCAGGAAGUUCCACUACUUUUAGUUGAGAGACAAGCACUAAAUGAAGCGAGGGAGGGAGAGAAACACGGCCAUCAUCAUAUGCCUGAGACAAGAGGACUGUGCCUCUCUGAAGAACAAAUCGGCACGAUUUCAAGACAGCCAGGAGUCAGGGGACGUCGAAGAGCAGGCCCAAAAACAGAGCCUCAUCAAUUGACACGUCGAUGUGAAGUGACUGCAGUUCUAGUCUUGUAUGGCCUUCCAAGGUUGCUGACUGGAUCUAUACUGGCUCAUGAAAUGAUGCAUGCUUGGUUACGACUAAAAGGUUACCCCACUCUUCGUCAAGAUGUUGAAGAAGGGAUUUGUCAAGUGCUAGCUCACAUGUGGUUGCAUACACAACUGAUGUCUAUAUCAAGCCAUGACUUCGCAUCGACCUCCUCAAUUCCAUAUGCUUCCAGAGCAGGUAAGAAAGGUGCAAGAUCUCCGUUUGAGAGAAAGCUGGGGGAGUUCUUUAAACACCAGAUAGAGUCGGACGCUUCCCCCGUGUACGGUGAUGGACUUAGGGCUGGUCUACAGGCUGUGCAUAAGUACGGUCUCCAAAGGACACUUGACCACAUCCGUACGACUGGCGACUUCCCAUACUGAUCAUCCGAGAACAUUCUCACAUUCUUUUCCUGUUUUCCUUCCUUCUUAAAUGGAAAGGCCUGGCCUUUCAUGCUGAAAAUAAUUUCGAAAUCAUGCAGUAUCAGCUUCCUAUCUGAUCUGUAAAUUUCAAUUUGAUUAUUGUUGUUAUAUGGCAUAAUGACAUCUCGAAUUGUGAGCGGUAUGAUUUAAUAAACACGGUUACUUUUCUACA